AUGCAAGCAGUUUUACAGACAAAAGGGCUUCUUUCUUUACCUUCAAACCCCAGAAUCAGAGCUUUUCAUCCACCACCAUCCCAGGGGUUGAGGCAUAGAUUCAACCCUUUGCAUCCCUUGUUAAAACCAAAAUAUUUUAAUGUGUCCUCUUUAUCUCUUGAUGGAUUUUCAAAAUUUCAAGGAUUUGUGACAAAACCCCAAUUGGUUGGUCAAAAGAACAGAACUUUCCCUAUCUGCAGGGCUGAGGCAGCUGCAGCAUCAGGUGAUGGGCAACCUGUUUAUGGAGAGAAAGAGUCGCCCAAGUUUAUGGGUAUGGAGCUUGUGACCCUUAAGAAAAUUAUACCACUUGGGAUGAUGUUUUUUUGUAUUUUGUUCAAUUAUACAAUUCUUAGGGACACUAAGGAUGUGUUGGUGGUAACAGCUGAAGGGUCUAGUGCUGAAAUUAUACCUUUCUUGAAAACAUGGGUGAAUUUGCCUAUGGCUGUUGGGUUCAUGCUUUUGUAUACAAAAUUGGCAAAUGUGCUGUCAAAAGAGGCUCUUUUCUUUACAGUUAUUUUGCCAUUUAUAGCCUUCUUUGGUGCAUUUGGGUUUGUGUUGUACCCUCUCAGUCACUAUUUCCACCCCACAGCUCUUGCUGAUAAGCUUCUGAAUAUUUUGGGUCCAAGGUUUCUUGGGCCACUUGCAAUUAUGAGGAUCUGGAGUUUCUGUUUGUUCUAUGUCAUGGCUGAACUUUGGGGAAGUGUGGUGAUCUCUGUGCUGUUUUGGGGAUUUGCUAAUCAGAUUACUACUGUUGAGGAAGCCAAAAGAUUCUAUCCUCUUUUUGGACUUGGAGCUAAUGUCGCCCUUAUUUUCUCUGGCCGUACUGUUAAAUACUUCUCUCAAUUGAGACAAAAUCUGGGUCCUGGUGUUGAUGGUUGGGCUCUCUCCCUGAAAGGAAUGAUGAGUAUUGUGGUGGUGAUGGGUCUGGCUAUCUGUUCUCUUUAUUGGUGGGUGAAUCAUAAUGUUCCUCUUCCCACACGUAGUAAGAAGAAGAAGGAAAAGGUGAGGAUGGGAACAAUGGAGAGCUUAAAGUUUUUAUUGUCUUCAAGAUAUAUUAGGGAUCUUGCUGCAUUGGUGGUAGCAUAUGGUAUUAGCAUCAAUCUCGUUGAAGUUACAUGGAAAUCGAAGCUUAAGGCUCAGUUUCCAACGCCAAAUGAAUAUUCAUCCUUCAUGGGCGACUUCUCGACUGCUACCGGAAUAGCAACUUUCACGAUGAUGAUAUUGAGCCAAUGGAUUUUCGACAAAUAUGGUUGGGGAGUGGCCGCAAAGAUUACACCCACAGUCUUGCUUCUCACAGGAGUUGGUUUCUUCUCCCUGAUUUUGUUUGGUGACCCUUUUGCUCCUGCUCUUGCCAAAUUCGGGAUGACUCCACUUUUAGCUGCUGUGUAUGUGGGAGCUAUGCAGAACAUUUUCAGUAAGAGUGCGAAGUACAGCUUAUUUGAUCCAUGCAAGGAAAUGGCUUACAUUCCUUUGGACGAGGACACCAAGGUUAAAGGUAAGGCAGCAAUUGACGUUGUCUGCAAUCCUUUGGGGAAGUCGGGAGGUGCUCUGAUUCAACAGUUCAUGAUAUUAUCCUUUGGGUCACUCGCAAAUUCAACUCCAUAUCUAGGAGGUGUACUCCUCGUGAUUGUACUUAUAUGGUUAGCGGCAGCCAGGUCUUUAGAUGGCCAGUUCACUGCACUGCGGCAAGAAGAAGAACUUGAGAAGGAAAUGGAAAGAGCAGCUGUCAAGAUCGCGGUUAUUUCUCAAAAUGAAAAUGGAGGCAAUAGCUCUCUUGCUAGUGGGUCGACAAUAAAUCCUACUGAAGGUGACUCUGCGAAAACAUCAUCUGAACCCUCGUCUCCUCGAAAUGUGUAA